GGCACCACAAACAAGAAAAUACAAAACACAAUUCGGAUUCGUUUUACAAUAGAACUCAUCACAACCACACUUUCCACUAUCAGGCUUAUCAUCAAUCCUUGCCUUCUGAGUAUUAUUCAAGAUUCAACAAUGGCAACCAUACAGUGCCCACCCAGCAACAAGCGUUCCACGCCAUGCCAAUGUGGGUCUCACCUUCUUCAGUUACUCCGACCACCAUUUUUGCAGAGCGCCCAUUUGAUCACAAGCUUUCUGUUGGAAAUAACAUCAUUGGCCAAGCUACCUCCAUUAAAAAAACUUAUGCAAAUAUAGGAACCCUAAGACUGAAACACAACAAUGCAGAGCAAAACCAGAAGGAAAUACCACGAUUGGAUAUAUCAAAUGAUAGUUUACAAAAGAAAAUUAGGCUAAACUCAAAAGAUUAUAAAAUCCUCUUACAGAGAUGUGUCAAGAGGAAGGCACUUGCAGAGGGGCGGAGACUUCAUGCCCAUAUGGUGGAAAAUGGGUUUAACCCAGGCAUUGUUAUCUGGAACAAUUUGUUGAAUAUGUAUGUUAAGUGUGGUGCCAUGGAGGACGCACGCCAAAUGUUUGAAAGCAUCCCUGAGCGAGAUGUUGUUUCCUGGACUGUGAUAAUUGGCGGUUAUUCUCGUUGUGGACGAGGAGAGGAAGCUCUGAAGAUGUUUAGUGACAUGUUGCUGCUGGGUGUCAAGCCUGGGAGGUUUACAUUUGCAAGCAUCCUUCGAGGUUGUGCUACCAUGGGACGAUUGGAGCGGGGGAAGGGAGUCCAUGGGCAGAUUUUUAGGAAUGGAUAUUGUGGGGAUGUGUGUGUUAGCAAUGCUCUUGUGACAAUGUAUGGAAAGUGUGGAUCAAUGGACGAUGCGCGUCAAGUGUUUGAUGAAAUGCCUGAACAAGACGUGGUUUCCUGGACUGCAAUGAUCACAGGAUAUGUGCAAAAUGGUUAUGAGGAAGAGGCUCUGGGAAUCUUUUAUCAAAUGCAAUUAGCUGGAAUAGAACCUGAUCCAUUCACCUUUGGGAUCAUUCUUAGGGCAUACGCUAGCUUAGAGGCUAUUGAACAAGGCAAACAAGUCCACAGUUAUAUUAUGAAAGGUAAGCUUGAAACCGAUGUGUCGCUGGAGAAUGCCCUUGUGGACAUGUAUGCAAAAUGCGGUAAGAUAUGGGAUGCAUUUCGGAUUUUUGAUGGAAUGAUUGUGAGAGAUGAGGUAUCAUGGAAUUCGAUGAUAAGGGGUUGUGCUCAGAAUGAUUAUAGAGAGGAGACAUUUAAGCUCUUUGUGCAAAUGCAAGAUGCCGGUAUUAGAUUGGAUGAUUAUACAUUCACUAGUGUGCUUAGAGUAUGUGCCGAGAUGGGAGCUUUGCAACAGGGUAAAGAGGUUCAUGGGCAUAUAACUAGAGUCGGAUUUGAUUCAAAUGCAUUUGUGGCAAGCGCCCUUGUUGAUAUGUAUGCCAAAUGCAACAAUAUGAAACAUGCUUAUAAUGUGUUUGUCAAAGUAUCUAAUGGAAAUAGAAAUUCUUGGAGCGCAAUGGUUGGAGGAUAUGCUUUCAAUGGUUACGGUGAGAAAGCCCUGAAACUUUUUGGAGCAAUGCACCGGCUCAGUAUGGAUAUAGAUGACUUUGUUCUUGCAAGUGUACUUAAUGUAUGUGCCAACCAAGUAGCUCUGCGUGAAGGCAAAGAGGUCCAUGGCUAUGCUAUAAAAAGUGGAUUUGAGAGGAAUAUUUUUGUGGGGAGUUCUCUUGUUGACAUGUAUGCAAAAUGUGGGAAUGUAGAGGCGGCGAUGGAGAUGUUUCAGAAAAUGCCCAAACAAAAUGUUGUUUCAUGGUCUGCACUAAUAGCCGGAUAUUCUCAAAAUGAGCGAGAGGAUGAGGCACUACAUUUAUAUAAGGAGAUGUUUUUGACAAACAUAAAGCCAAACCAAUUCACCUUUACGAGCCUCCUUGUGGCAUGUGCCAAUUUAGCAGAGCUGGAAAAGGGGAAAGAAAUCCAUUGCCAAAUUAUCAAACUUGGAUUUGAUUCAGAUGUUUGUGUGGGAAAUACGCUUAUUAACAUGUAUACCAAGUGUGGAAAUAUGUGGGAUGCAUCAAAAGUGUUUGGUGAUAUGCUUAUUCAAGAUGAUGUAUCAUGGAAUGCAAUGAUUGCAGGGCAUGCUAAGAGAGACUCAGGCGAUACAGUUUUCAGGAUUUUCCUUGAAAUGCAAUGGGCAGGCAAUAAACCAGAUGAGUUUACUCUUGCAAGUGUUAUAGGGGUAUGUGCCAACCAAGCAUUUCUAGAACAGGGGAAGCAGGUCCAUUGUUACUCUAUCAAAACUGGACUCGAGCCGGAUAUUUGUGUGGGAAAUGCUCUAGUUGACAUGUACUGCAAGUGUGGAAGUAUGAUUGAUGCAUUCAAGUGCUUUGAAAAAAUAUCAAAACGGAAUGUUGUGACUUGGACUACAAUGAUCGCAGGCUGUGCUCAGCAUGGGGAGGGAAAGAAGGCUCUCCAACUCUUUGGACAAAUGCAACGGGCAGGCAUUAAGCCUAAUAGGAUCACAUUUAUCUGUGUUCUAUCUGCAUGUAGCCACAUGGGUUUAGUGCAGGAAGCUUAUUACUAUUUUAAUAAUAUGAAAGCGGAUUAUGGUGUCACUCCAACAGUAGAGCAUUAUGCCUGUAUGGUUGAUGUACUAGGACGUGCUGGAAAGCUCGCUAAGGCAGAGAGCCUAAUAAAUAGAAUGCCAUUUGAACCAAAUUCUUUGAUUUGGCGCACCUUGCUUAGUGCUUGUAGGGUCCAUGGAAAUAUACAACUUGGAAAGCAGGCAGCAAAACAUCUUCUUGAGUUGGAACCACAAGAUUCUGCAGCAUAUGUAUUGCUUUCAAACAUCUACACUGCUGCUGGAAGAUGGGACAGUGCAAGAGAGGUAAGAAGAAUAAUGGAACAGAGAGGGGUUAAAAAGGAACCAGGUUGCAGCUGGAUUGAACUCAAAAAUAGGGUCCAUACAUUUUUUGUUGAAGACAGAUCACACGAGCAAACAGAUGAGAUAUAUGCAAAAUUGUUUGAAUUAACUGUGCAGAUCAAAGCAGCAGGAUAUGUGCCCGACACAAAAUUUGUGUUACAUGAUGUAGAAGAUGAGCAGAAGGGACAUUUUCUUUGUUAUCAUAGUGAGAGGUUAGCCAUGGCCUUUGGGCUUAUUAAUACACCUCCUCAUAGACCUCUACGAAUUGUUAAGAACCUUCGGAUAUGUGGAGAUUGCCACAAUGCCACCAAGCUCAUUUCCAAAGUUGUAGACCGAGAACUUGUUGUGAGAGAUUCCAUUCGGUUCCAUCAUUUUAAAAAUGGAAAGUGUUCUUGUGGGGACUAUUGGUGAUAUUAGGUAAUGCAAACAAGAACAUACAGCUAGAUACUAUUGUAUUUUCUCAACUUCUGUGCAUAAAGGGCAUUGGAAUUGCAGUUUGUAAGUGUUUAGGCUCUGGCAUAACCAUAAGUUGUUAUAGCUUGGCAUUGGAGUUAAUAUAUAUAGUAAUAUUUCUUUUACUUCA